AUGACCGUACGUCGAACCGAAGAAUUACAGGCAUGGGUCUGUAGUGUUACCGCUACGCCGAAUGACCAUGAUGAACACUUGUCCGUGAUGCUACGAGACGGUCAAUUGUUGUGCUUAUUAGCCAACGGCGUGGACCCAACAGCGAAUCUCAAGGUGAAUAAACUCAAUACAGUUUUUCACUCCAAGGCCAAUAUUCGCCUCUUUCUCGAGUGGUGCAAGAAACAAGGACUUCAUGACGGCGACAUUUUCCAGCCUGAUGACCUGCUUGAUGCAGGCGCAGACUUUGCAUCGGUAUUGGAGACACUCUCUAUCCUUUUUGACAGAUUUGGCACGAUCGGAUAUACGGGGAAAUACGAGGAAGACCCGGUCUCGGAUGCCGAGUCCAUGACGUCCUUUGGUAGCUCACAGGGCACGUCGCCAGUCAAGAAAGCGAACAGCAAUAACAAACUUACCAACUUCAUGAAGGGUGGAUUUUUAUCAAGAAAAAAGAAACAAUCAGGCAAAACAACGGACAAACCGGAUGGAACGCCGCCGUCUACACCUCCGCCCGGGUCGCCUCAGGUAGGUGGGGGGAUGAUGUCUCCGCCAGGCUCGCCGCCAAUGGAACCGCCAUUUCAGAAGGACAUGAGAAACAAUAGUGGAGCUACAAACACAAACCGUCUGAACGCGUUCUUGAACCAAGUGCCAGCGUCACAUGGAUCGCCACUUACGCACGUUGAGCGCGCGACAGGUCCUCCCAAGACAGCCAAUUCGGUAAGGAAGCCACCGACACCCAAGGCACCUCCUACUGUGAAGAGGCCAUUGUCGCCAAAGCAACUUCCUAAAUCGCAGCCGAUUAGCCGCGACGCUCGGAAUAAGUUUGCGGCCUUCAUGAAAACCAACCCGCCUGCUAUCGAGACGACGGACUCAUACCCUGUCUCUCCGACUGCGUGUGGUGUGUCCAGCCCUUCCCCACCAAAGUCUGCACCUGUCCGAGAUAGCGGCACCUCAAGCGAACGUUUUGCCCAGCGAAAGCCUGUCUUGACUAAUGGUGACAGCAGUCCGACACAUGCGCCUGGUUCGUCAAAGACAUCCGUCAACACGGGCUCUGUCAACAAGCUUGGCAACUUUAUUAAGCAGCAACCGUCUUUGUCGCCGGCUUCUACGUCGAAGCCUCGCUCUCAGAGCAAGCUAGCAGCUUUCUUGGCGACGACGAAUGCGAUUCCAUCAAUCGCGACAACGCCGUCUGCCGUCCCGCCGAAGCCGAAGCCGGCGUUUGGUUCGUUUGACCCAGUAAAGAAAUUGCCGGCUGGAGACCGAUCAGCUUUGAAGCCUGCGUUAAAUGCACAAAGUCUUGCAGCACCAGCUGCUCCGAUGCCGUUUAAGCCACGUCACAAGAUUGAGCGCUCUACAGGCCGUGGUAACUACAUCCGCAAGUACCAGACGUACUGGGUUCCCCCUAAGCGUCGCCGCAGCAAUUUCAGCUUGGAAAAUAAGCGAAAGGCGUUCAUGAACGAACAGUUGAAUUUGAAGGAAGAACAGCUUCGUCAGCAGGCUGCAGGCGCUGGAAGCAAGCAGAACUUGAUUGUGCCCGGUGUGCAGUGCUACGUUCCUGACAAGGAAGAGGUGUGGCUGCUUUCCGAAAUCUUAGAUUACAACGACCGCAGGAAAGAGGUAACCAUUACGGCAUUCUUGGAUUCAGGUGAUUCGGAGCAGCGUGUUGUAGAUCUCAAGAACCCGGACAUCAUUCGUGCGGUUGCGGGACCGACAGCAACGGAGGUAGAGUCACUUCCGAUUGCUAUCCUUCACGACAACCCGGAGGGUGUGGACGAUAUGCGUUUGCUCCGAUACUUGAAUGAGCCAUCAAUUUUGUUCAACUUGAAGCAGCGCUUUGCGGCCUCGAAGCCGUACACAUACAGCAACGAUAUUGUGAUUGCAGUGAACCCGUACAAAUGGAUCGAAAACCUUUACGGCGACCACCUGCACGAACAGUACUUACGAAAGCCGCGCGACUCGCUAUCCCCUCACGUGUACUCGACAUCAACGGCUGCCUACAACCACAUGAAAACUAACAAGAUGAACCAGAGUAUUCUUGUGAGUGGUGAGUCGGGUGCUGGUAAGACGGAAACAACAAAGAUUGUGAUGAACCAUUUGGCGAGUGUGGCUGGUGGCCGCGACGACAAGACUAUUGCUAAGGUCAUUGAAGUAAAUCCGCUUCUCGAGUCAUUCGGUAACGCCAAGACAACCCGUAAUGACAACAGUUCGCGCUUCGGUAAAUUCACGCAGCUGCAGUUUGACAGCCGUGGUAAGCUGAUCGGUGCCAAAUGCGAGACGUACUUGCUGGAGAAGUCACGUGUCGUGUCUAUUGCCGAGGGUGAGCGUAAUUAUCACAUUUUCUAUCAGCUUUUGGCUGGCCUGCCCAGCCAAGAACGGAAGGAGUUUGGUCUCGAUCCGGACUGUAAGUACCGGUACGCCGGUUCACUGGCAGAGAUGCAGAUACCUGGUCUGGACGAUAGCAAAUGGUUUACGAGCACAAAGAAGUCGCUGUCCACCAUCGGUUUGGACGCUGUCGCGCAAAAGACACUUUUCAAGAUCUUGGCUGGUGUGUUGUUGCUUGGUGAAGUCACGUUUGACAAGAGUGGUGAAAGCGGAUCUCGGAUUUCGAGUGAUUUAGCGCUGUCACAAGUUGCUAAGAUGUUUGGCCUUCCCACAACGAGAAUCGAGGAAGCGCUCUGCAACCGCACGGUCAUCACGCGCAACGAUAGCGUGACAGUGCCACUUGCAUCUAUAGAAGCAGCAGAGAAUUGUGACGCAUUGGCUAAAACCAUUUACUCGAAAAUGUUCGACUGGAUGGUGGUAAAGAUCAACGCUGCUAUCAGUACGGACGGGAGUCGCAUCGAGGGCCAAAUUGGCGUGCUGGAUAUCUUCGGUUUUGAGGACUUUGUACACAACGGGUUUGAACAAUUCUGUAUCAACUAUGCGAACGAAAAGUUGCAACAAAAGUUUACAACAGAUGUGUUCAAGACUGUCGAAGACGAAUACAUCCGCGAAGGCUUGCAAUGGGAUCACAUCCAAUACCAGGACAAUAUGGGCAUUGUGGAGGUGAUUGAGGGUAAAAUGGGUAUCAUUGCUCUCAUGAACGACCACCUUCGUCAGCCGCGUGAUACGGAAGAGGCUCUUGUCAACAAGAUUCGCACAAACCAUAAGAUGAAGAAAAACGGCGACGUAAACGAAAACAUUGACUUUCCUAAAGUGAAGCGCACGCAGUUUAUCGUCAACCACUAUGCUGGUCCAGUCACGUACGAGACGGUGGGUUUCAUGGAGAAACACCGUGACACCCUGCAGAAGGAUCUUCUCGAUUUGAUCCAGUUGAGCAGCCUGCCGCUGCUUCCAGAGCUUUUUGAAGAUAGUGAUGUGGUGAUAGAGGGUAGCAACGGACGAGGCAAGAUGGCACCAAAGAGUCUUGGAUCUCAGUUCAAGACGUCGCUAGCGCAGCUAAUGGAGAACAUCAAGACAACUAACACGCACUACGUUCGAUGUAUCAAGCCGAACGCAAACAAGAGUUCGACGGAGUUCAACAAGCGCAUGAUCGUGGAGCAGCUGAGAUCAGCUGGUGUGAUUGAAGCUAUUCGUAUCACACGUUCUGGUUAUCCGAGUCGUCUGACUCCGACGGAAUUGGCCACGCGCUAUGCGAUCAUGUUCCCGCCAUCGAUGCACAGCAAGGACGUUCGUCGCACGUGCAGUGUUUUCAUGACGUCAAUCGGUCGCAAGUCACCGCUGGAGUACCAAAUGGGUAAGACGCUCAUUUAUUUCAAGAACGGAGUCAUGGAAGAGUUGGAGGCCAUGAAGUCCGAUUUCAUCUACUACGAAGCACGCACCAUCCAGCGUAUUGCACUGGGUUUCUUGGAGCGGCGGCGUCUGCGGAACAAGAUUCGUGCGGCCAUUGUACUGCAGUCUUACGCUCGUAUGUUGUUGGAUUUUAAGGAGUAUCACUCCCAGCGCGGGGCGAUUAUCAAGAUUCAACGAGGCUGGAAGAUGCACAAGGCUAUUCCACUCGCGCCAGAGUAUAACCACAAUCCUGAGGAAGAGUUCAAUGGUGGUGACCGAUGGGCGGAUGGACUCGAUGAUUCGGAUACGGACGAGGGCUUCGAUGACCACCCGGCAUGUAUUCGUACAGGACAUGGUAGAUCGGUCGCGGACCGCAUGGAGUCGUUCAAGGUUGCCCACACAGAUCGCCGCGGCAGUGUGAAGCGUCUGAACGAGUUGUCUGCUCGUGCCCAGAACUUUAUGAAGACGCGCAGCGGCAGUGGCAGCACAUCGAGCUCAAGUGGCAUUUCUUUGGAGGAUGAGAACUCGAUGCUGAAGAUUGAGAACCGCAACUUGAAAUACGAUCUCGAAUUGAUGCGUGAGCAAUGUAUUGAGCUACAGGCUAUCAUUCUCGAGAUCAACAAGAGCCGCAAGAGGUAA